AUGGAAAACGAGAGUUGCGGUAAGUGGAACUUCAGCGGCAACAAUGCGGCCAGGGAAGCCUCAGCAGAACACCUCGGCUUUUACAGCUCUCAAAUCAUUGCUCAGUGCAAACCUGACGGGAAGAAAAUUUUACCUCCUCAAGGUGAAACCCCUCUGGCUCACAAAGAGGCUGAAGAAGCGGUUGUUCAAGCCGUCAGGAACGGCAGAGGAAACGCUUAUGCACCUAGUAUAGGCCUUCCAGCGGCCAAAGAGUAA